AUGACUGUCGCAACCAAUGGAAACCACCCUGCUACCGCAAAUGGCACCAAUGGGUACUAUCACGAUUCCGGCAUCUGGAAAGACGCACCGGUGCUUACCGGCAGCACCAAGUUUGAGCCUUUGCCGGAUGUCAAGAAUAUCAUGAUCACCGGUGGAGCCGGAUUCAUUGCGUGUUGGUUGGUUCGCCAUUUGACCGUGACAUAUCCCAACGCCUACAACAUUGUGUCUUUUGACAAGCUGGACUACUGCGCAUCGCUAAACAACACACGAAUGCUCAAUGAAAAGCGGAACUUCACAUUCUACCAUGGUGAUAUCACCAACCCAAAGGAGGUGCUCGAAUGUAUGGAACGUUACAAUAUCGACACCGUCUUUCACUUCGCAGCUCAGUCACAUGUCGACCUGAGUUUCGGCAACUCCUACGGAUUCACGCACACAAAUGUGUAUGGAACCCAUGUUAUGCUCGAGAGUGCGAAGAAGGUCGGGAUCAAACGAUUCAUCCACAUUUCGACAGACGAGGUCUACGGCGAAGUGAAGGAUGACGAUGAUGACCUUCUGGAGACUAGCAUCCUGGCACCCACCAACCCAUAUGCUGCUAGCAAAGCCGCCGCGGAAAUGCUUGUACACUCUUACAUGAAGAGUUUCAAGCUUCCAGUCAUUAUCGUACGCAGUAACAACGUCUACGGCCCACACCAGUUCCCCGAGAAGAUCAUCCCCAAGUUUACCUCUCUCCUUCACCGUGGUAGGCCUGUGGUCCUCCACGGGGACGGCAGUCCUACUCGUAGAUAUCUCUUUGCGGGAGAUGCGGCUGAUGCCUUUGACACAAUUCUUCACAAAGGUACACUCGGCCACGUCUACAACGUUGGCUCCUACGACGAGAUCUCCAACAUGGAGCUAUGCGUCAGGCUUCUGAAGGAGAUGGGGAUCCCCAACGACACCAAGGCCGACUUUGACAAGUGGGUGAAAUACACCCAUGACAGACCAUUCAACGACCACCGUUAUGCAGUUGACGGCACGAAGCUUCGGCAGCUGGGCUGGGAUCAGAAGACGCCGUUCGAGAAGGGUUUGAAGAUCACGGUGGACUGGUACAGGGUAUAUGGAGAGAAGUGGUGGGGUAACAUCAGCAGUGUACUCAGCCCCUUCCCAAUCGUCGAUAGGACAGGCGAAGCGCCUGAGGUCGUAUCGGAUCACGAAGAGAUUAGCGAGCAACCUCAACCGGCAAAGGACAGGGCCAGCACAUUCAGCCCUGCUCAGGAAGUGGUUUGA